CCAAAAAUUUUCACGACAGGUAUGGGCGACCCCUCUUUCAUUCGUCUCCCAUUCCAGUUAAAAGCGCGAACGCAGUCAAUUCAGACGGCAAAUUCUUGAAAUCCUCGAACAAUUCUAAUCUAAAUAAUCAAGAAUUUCGUAUUCUUCGUAGUGCCGAACCCAUUUUGGAAAUCGAUAUAAGAAUCUUAAGUAAAGGUUUUUCUUUUCUUGUGUGUACUGUUUAAGAAGACAACUCGGAUCAAGAAUCUCAAACCCUGUUAUGGAUUCAGAUUCAAUAUCUAUUUUAACCUCAAAGGCUCCAACAGAAAGGGAAGAAGAAUUACCUGAUUCAACCGAUGCCCUUCUAUCUUCCUCAGAUGCACCACAGAAAUCUUCCACCAAAUCCGUUUUAUUCAUUUCUCUUGUUCUAUCCACGUGCGUUGCUCUGUCUGCUGCCAUUGCCUUUGCCUUUUUAUUCUUCUCCUCUUCAUCAUCUAGCAAUUCCGAAUCCAUUAAUGAAGUCGCAAGGCCACUCACAAAGCUCAAACACCCAGUUGUUUUACUGAUUUCCUCAGAUGGUUUUCGAUUUGGAUACCAAUUCAAGACCUACACUCCUAACAUCAAUAGACUGAUUAAGAAUGGAACUGAAGCAGAGUCAGGUUUGAUUCCUGUGUUUCCAACGCUUACUUUCCCAAAUCAUUACUCAAUUGUCACUGGAUUGUAUCCUGCUUAUCAUGGAAUAAUUAAUAAUUAUUUUACUGAUCCCGAAACCAACGAGGUCUUCACUAUGGCCAGUCACGAGCCCAAAUGGUGGCUGGGGGAGCCAUUGUGGGAGACUGUGGUGAAUCAUGGCUUGAAGGCGUCUACUUACUUCUGGCCUGGUUCUGAGGUACAUAAAGGUUCUUGGAAUUGUCCAAAGGAUUAUUGUAUGUUUUAUAACAGUUCUGUGCCAUUUGAGGAGAGAGUUGAUACUGUUUUGAAGUACUUUGAUUUGUCUAGUAGUGAUAUUCCUUCGUUUAUGACUCUGUACUUUGAGGACCCUGACCAUCAGGGUCACCAGGUUGGGCCUGAUGAUCCAUUAAUUACUGAAGCGGUUGCUAAUAUAGAUGAAAUGAUUGGGAAGUUGAUUCGGGGUUUGGAAGAAAGAGGGGUAUUUGAGGAUGUGACUGUCAUUAUGGUGGGUGAUCAUGGGAUGGUUGGUACAUGCGAUAAGAAGUUGAUUUUUCUGGAUGAUUUGACCUCAUGGAUUGAAAUUCCAACAGAAUGGGUACAAUAUUACACUCCAUUGCUUGCAAUUCGUCCACCAUCUGGUUAUUCGCCGAAGGAUGUUGUGGCUAAGAUGAAUCAAGGUUUAAAGUCAGGUAAAGUAGACAAUGGUCAAUAUUUGAGUGUUUAUCUCAAGGAGGAGCUGCCUAGUAGGCUGCAUUAUGCAGCCAGUGAUAGAAUCCCACCAAUUAUAGGUUUAGUCCAGGAAGGAUAUAAAGUGGAACAGAAGAGAUCAACAAGACAAGAAUGUGGAGGAGCACAUGGAUAUGACAAUGCGUUUUUCUCAAUGAGGACCAUAUUUAUUGCUCAUGGACCUCAGUUUGCUCGGGGAAGGAAAGUCCCGUCAUUCGAAAAUGUUCAGAUAUACAACCUGGUUACAACAAUACUGAACAUUCAAGGAGCUGCUAAUAAUGGGACGGCAUCAUUUCCUCAGAGUAUUCUUUUGCCUAGUCAUUAAUCUCGUUUAGCUAGUCAAAUGCAGUGAUACUACAAAAAGAUACCGGACUGAAUUGGAUAUCUUGCGAAACUGCAGUCGGUGCAUUUUCUUGAUGAGGUAACUGCUUAUGCAUCCAGACGAUAUUGGCUGGAUUGUGUUAUUACUCUAUAGUUUCUUGAGUUCAACGUUCUUCAUGUGUAAGAAUGAUAAUUACAUAUGUUGUGAACUUGAUAACCUUGCUUCAUUUGUCAGAUUGAACAGCUUUCUGCACAAUGGUCUCUAGCAAAACCAUGAAUUCCUUAAAUGUAAUAUUAUUCAAGUAUAUGAACCAAACUUUUACGGGCUUUUUUUCUUAUAUCAGAGUGUACUACACACUUUCACGAUGAUGCUAGGUACAUUCACUUGUAUGUCUUGGUGUUUUCUACCUGAAUCUGGUGAAUAGAAAUUCAUUUAGCUUUAUAAUAACAUGUGAUAUUUAACUGUAA